UGCCGGGGCUCAGCGGGCGCUCGCCCCAGGGGGGGCUGCGGCCGGCGGGAGCGGGGGGGUCAGCCAUGAUGUCGACCUACAAGAGGGCGACGCUGGAUGAUGAAGACCCCCUGGACUCCAUCAGUGAAGGCGAUGGGUACCCCAAUGGCUUCCAGGUGAAUUUCCGCGGGUCGAGGAGCAGCCCCGGGUGCUGGGCUGAGCGGACGCGGGCCGAGAAGCAGCUGGUGGUGCUGGUGGGGGUGCUGGCAGCUGUGCUGGCUGCCUGUCUGCUGGGCCUCAUCCUCCAGUACAGAGCCCGGCCACCCUCCAUGUGCCUGUCAGAAGCCUGCAUCUCUGUCACCAGCUCCAUCCUCAGCUCGCUGGACCGGGCUGUCAAUCCCUGCGAGGACUUUUUCAGCUAUGCCUGUGGGGGCUGGAUCAAGGCCAACCCCCUCCCUGAUGGCCACUCACGCUGGGGCACCUUCAACAACCUUUGGGAGCACAACCAGGCCAUCAUGAAGCAUCUUCUGGAAAACACCACGGCCAACGUGUCGAGUGAGGCGGAGCGCAAGGCACAGCGUUAUUACCAGGCCUGCAUGAACGAGAGCAAGAUAGAGGAGCUGCGGGCCACCCCACUCGUGGAGCUCAUUCAAAAGCUGGGUGGUUGGAACAUCACAGGUCCCUGGGCUGGUGACAACUUCAACGCGACGCUGCGGGAGGUGACGGCGCAUUACCGCACCUCCCCCUUCUUCUCUGUCUACGUCAGUGCUGACUCCAAAAACUCCAACAGCAACGUCAUCCAGGUGGAUCAGUCAGGGUUAGGCCUGCCAUCCCGGGAUUACUACCUGAACAAGACAGAGAAUGAGAAGGUGCUGGCUGGGUACCUGAACUACAUGGUGCAGCUGGGGAUGUUCCUGGGAGGCACUGAUGAGGAGUCGACACGGCAGCAGAUGCAGCAGAUCUUGGACUUUGAAACAGCCUUGGCCAACAUCACCAUCCCACAGGAGAAGCACCGGGAUGAGGAGGUCAUCUACCAUAAAAUGACAGCUGGAGACCUAAAGGAGCUGGCACCAGCUGUGGACUGGAUGCCCUUCCUCUCCACCGUCUUCUACCCUGUGGAGCUCAACGAAUCAGAGCCUGUCGUGGUCUAUGCCAAGGAGUACCUGGAGCAGGUCUCUGACCUCAUUCUGGCCACUGAUAAAUGUCUCCUCAACAACUACAUGAUCUGGAACCUAGUACGGAAAACCAGCCCCUUCCUUGACCAGCGCUUCCAGGAUGCUGAGGAGAAAUUCAUGGAAGUGAUGUAUGGGACAAAGAAGACCUGCCUGCCACGCUGGAAGUUUUGCAUCAGUGACACUGACAACAACCUGGGCUUUGCCCUGGGGGCCAUGUUUGUCAAGGCCACCUUCGCCGAGGACAGCAAGCAGGUGGCAGAGGAAAUGAUUGCAGAGAUUAAAACAGCCUUUGAGGAAAGCCUGGAGACCCUGCAGUGGAUGGAUGAAGAGACAAGGAAAUCAGCUAAAGAGAAGGCAGAUGCCAUCUACAACAUGAUUGGCUACCCCAAGUUCAUUAUGGACCCCAAGGAGCUGGAUAAAGUCUUUAAUGAUUACGAGGCUGUGUCUGAUCUCUACUUUGAGAAUGUCAUGCAGUUCUACAACUUCUCAGCCCGGGUCACUGCUGACCAGCUCCGGAAACCACCAAACCGGGACCAGUGGAGCAUGACUCCUCCAACAGUCAACGCCUACUACUCUCCCACCAAGAACGAGAUUGUCUUCCCCGCUGGCAUCCUUCAGGCCCCUUUUUACACCCGUGCAUCUCCCAAGUCGCUGAAUUUUGGUGGGAUCGGCGUGGUGGUUGGCCACGAGUUGACGCACGCCUUUGAUGACCAAGGUCGGGAAUAUGACAAGGAUGGCAACCUCCGUCCCUGGUGGAAGAACUCCUCUGUGGAGGCCUUCAAGCGGCAGACAGCCUGUAUGGUGGAGCAGUACGGCAACUACACUGUCAACGGCGAGGCUGUCAACGGCAAGCACACCCUUGGGGAGAACAUUGCUGACAACGGGGGCCUCAAGGCUGCCUACCGGGCAUAUCAAAACUGGCUGAAGAAGAAUGGGGAUGAGGAAACCCUGCCAACCCUCGGCCUCACCAAUCACCAGCUUUUCUUCGUUGGCUUCGCACAGGUGUGGUGCUCAGUUCGUACACCAGAGAGCUCACACGAGGGGCUCAUCACCGACCCCCACAGCCCCUCGCGCUUCCGGGUCAUCGGAACCGUCUCAAACUCCCGGGAAUUUGCCGAGCAUUUCGGUUGCCCCCUCGGCUCCCCCAUGAACCCCCCCAAGAAAUGCGAAGUCUGGUGACAGGCGAGGGCUCCAGGGAUCCAGCUGCCAAUGGCUUCGUCCUCUGCCCACAGCUGAAUUUUCCUGGUCCUUUUCAGAGGCUCAAACCACUUCUCCGUGCCACGAGCUGCCCAGGUCUCAGCCAGAGCGGCGUCCCCGGUAUCAUCCGAGGUUCAACCCACUGUGAAAAUUCCUCAUCCCCUCGUUUCUCUGGGAAAUGACUUCGAUUUGGGGGUCUUCUCUUUCCCACCACGAGUGGGGCACGUGUGUCUGUGGGUGCUAUCCCAUAGUCACACACGCAGUGCUCCAGCCUCACCCACACCCCUGGCAAAAUUUCUCUUUUUUUAAUUUUUUUUUUAACUUUUUAAGUUUUUUUUUUUUAUUUUUAAUUUUUUUUUUUUUUUUUUUUUUGAGGCAAUAAAGGGAGCAUCACGAUGCCAGUGGGUUGGGCUGCAUGUCCAAACACACCCGACGUACUCUCCUCUCUCCAAAGAUGCGCACACGAGGAUGGAAAAUAUUUUAAGAUAUAUAUUUUUUAAGGGGGGAAAUAUAUAUUUUUUUUUUUCAUGCAUUGUGGAAUACACUGGAAAAAUUCAGGGAAAAUGCAUUUGAAAGCCUUUUUUUUUUUUUUUACUAAAAGAUAAGUAUAUUUAUUAAUUUUAAUUGUUUUUUUUUUUAAACUCUGUGCAUGUGUAAGUGCAGCACCCUGUGCUGGCAGUCCCUUGACCAGGGAAGCUGGAUGGGGCUGCAGAUGAAACCAGCUGGCUCCUUAUUCCAGUUUCUCUGUGAGGGAGUGUCCUCAGAGGGUGCUGCUGGGGGAACUGGGGACAGUGGUCUUGGGGCCAGGGCUUGGAGGAUGCUGCAGGUGGCAGAAAGGUUCUGCUGGGAUGCUUCAGCUCCUGGGAUUAGCUUUAAUUUCAGAGUGAGAAGGGAAAAGUUGAUGUGCCAAAGAUGUAACCAAGGUGGUGAUGGUCUGGGUGAAGCACCCAAUUCUUCCUCCUCUCUCCUUUCAAGCCAGGUCAGCCUUGAUUUCCUGGCCCAAAAGCUUCCCUGGACAAGUGCAGGUGGUUCCUGCUGCUUCUUCACUCACUGCCAUGCCUGGCCUCUGUGCCUGGGAAACUGCAAACCCCAAAAUCACCACGCAGCCCCAAAUCUCCAUCCCUCUGCAGCUGGUUUGGGAGAUCUGCCUGGGAUGGGGGCAAGGGGCUUCCUUAAAGCCUUUUUUGUUUUGUUGUGUUUUUUAUACUCCUUUUGCUGAUUUGAGAGGAAACCACUGACAGUAGCUCAGGUGCUGUGUGUUGUCUCAUGGGGCAUCUUCUUGCUCUGGAGAGAAAGCAAAGCUGUGGAGGGAUUUUUAAUAUUUAUAUGUAAAAGGAGGGAUGGGGGGAGGGCUCUUUUGUAACUAUUUUUUCACCCUAUACGUGGGGCUUACCAUAAGUGAAAUAAUAAAUACUUUUUACU